UGGCAAAUCCUAAUUGUGUGGUAGGAAUACCUUCUCUUUGGUGUGAAAUAAAAUACAAAAUAACAAGAGAUUGAAAAGAAAAUCGCCUGCCAAUAUAAAGGUUGUGAUGAAUAUAUUUUGGAAAUUAUUGUGAAAACGAAGUGCAGGUUUUAAAAAGCUGGCUUCUAACACGUAACUUGAUUGAAACUAACAAAACAAUUCAAGAAGUGAAGUUCACAUUUCCUUUUUUGAAUUAUUUGAUUGCAAUGGAUGAAAAUGAACUAAUAAACGAAUUUAUGCGAAUCUCAAAAUGUAAUCGAGAGGAUGCAAUAAGUUGCUUAAGAGCAUGGAGAUAUGAUUUAAAGAAAGCUCUGAUAGAUUAUAAUGAUACUUCCACCCAAAAUUAUUUUAAAAGCAAAACGAAAACGAUACACAAUGAUGAUGAAUUUAAGCUACGCUUAAAUAAUUCAAUGGACAUACAUCAACCCACGACGAGAACAUCAUCAUCGAUUGCAUCUCACCACGACAAACUUAAUUCUCAUGAAUACGAUAAAAAUCAUGACACUUGUGUAUUAACAAGCUAUCGACCGCUUCUCGAGAAAUCUGAUUCGAUUAAUUUAGACUAUAAAAAAUUAGGACGCGGAAUCUCGCGUGCCAAUGAUGAAAAUGUGAAUUUAGUUACAAAAGUUAGAAAAGAAUUUGCUAUGGAUUUUCAUUCAAAGCUUGAACAGCCAUCAACCUUUGUUGACACUCCCGACUACACGUUCACACUUCCCGACCUUACAGUACACGACGAAGAUUUUCGUAAAUUUCUUGAAAAGGAUUUAAUUGAAUGUUCAACACUUAACAGUCUUGAAAGCAGUCAACGCUUAAAUUGGUGGGUUGAAAGUGGCGUUGGACGUAAAGUGUGGCCAUUGUCAACAUCAGGAGAUGGCAACUGUUUGUUACACGCAGCAUCACUGGCGAUGUGGGGAUUUCAUGAUCGUCGUUUGACCUUGAGAAAAGCUCUUUACAAUAUUCUCUCGGAAGGUGAUUUGCGGAAUGCUUUGUAUCGUCGUUGGAGGUUCCAGCAAACAAGAAUUAAUAAAGAAGCUGGUUUAGUGUUCAGUGAGACCGAAUGGGCCAAAGAAUGGGAUGAAAUUGUAUCCAUAGCUAGUCCUGAAUCUCGCAAAGAUAAAAUUAGUGUUCGAAGACGUUCAAUGGUUCUAGAACGACAAUCUUCAUUAUCUCAUGCUGAAUCAAUUGAUGGCAAUGCAACAUACGAUUCACUUGAAGAAAUUCAUGUCUUAGCACUUGCUUAUGUUCUUCGACGACCGAUUAUUAUACUUUCCGAUGUAGUGUUGAGAGAUAUUAAUGGAGAUGCAUUGGCACCAAUAACAUUUGGCGGAGUUUACUUACCACUUGAUAUUCCACAAGUAGAAUGUCAUAAAGUUCCUUUACUUUUAGCUUACGACAUGGCGCAUUUCUCAGCAUUGGUGACAAUGGAAGCCAGUUCUGAUUUCCCACCAGCAUUAAUACCAUUGAUUGAUUUCGAAAAUAUUCUUUUGCCACUUCAAUUCAGCAUUGAUCCCGGGGAGAAAUUCAAUUGGCGGGAUUAUGACGGUCGAGAAGGAAAUUGGGCUUUAACAGAAGUUGAACAUAUUACGCUAUUGAAAGAGUACCUUGAAAUAAUUUAUGCAACACCAGACGCAAGUCCUGAAGAUGAGAUUUAUGAAGAUUAUCAGAGUGACGAAGAAUAUGACAAGAAAAUCUUGGAUCUGGCAAUAAAUCUUAAUAAUGAAGAAAAUAAUUUAACUGGAGGUUCGUCGAGUUCACCAGAGCUUGAAGGUUCAGUGAAGUCACAGAAAAGUAAAUCCGCGAAACUUCAGAAUGUCGCUAAGCAAUUUGGAAGUAUAGGAAAAAGUAUGAGUAAGAAAAUUAAGAAGAAUAUCGGCUCGAUAACAAAGUUUGGAAAGAAUUCUCUCGGCAAUGGUGGAAUGAAGCUUCCAAGCUCUGUUGGCAAUACAACAAUUCCCACUCUAGCUGGUGGUUACUAUAAUGGAAAAUAUCGAAUGUUAUGUGCCCAAUUGAGAGCGAAACGUCAUAAUUAUCAAGAUGAAAUGAUAAAAAAUUAUCUCGAUUGUGCAUAUGAAAGAUUCAUCUUAGAAAUGAAAAAUAAAGUCAGAGAUGAAGUCGACAGUGUUGACGUGGGACGUGUUGUGCAUUGCAUCAAUUCAGGAUGUGAUAAUUUUGGAACAGAAAAGACAAGUUGGAUGUGUUUGGGAUGUUAUGAGAAACAAAAAGAGCAGGAAAUAUUUCAAGUCGAUUAUGAUUAUUCAUAUCAACCACCAAGAUACAGCACAGGAAAUUCCAAAUUUUACACGCAAUCUGACACCAAAAGUCACAAUGUUGUGAAACGUUUGCCGAGCGUUAAGAAACUUAAUGAACUUGACAAGACGCUUUAUUUGAGCAAGUCAACUUUCUUUAAUGAUACAAAGCAAUCACAACAAUCGAUUUCACCAUCAGAGUCAUCGGCAACUGCUGGAAGAACAACAAUCAUCCCAAUGAGAGUUGAAGGUGUUGAUUACUUUUACGAUGAGAAAAGUUGA